AUGUCGUGGCAGCAGGGACAGAAUUCGUGGCAGAAUUCGUGGCAGAACGGCUGGGGCAACGGCAACCAGUACCAACAGCAGGCCCGUCUCCACUGGUCCGGCCUGACGACGGAGGAGCUCCGGGCAGCCGGAGAGGCCAAGAAGAACCAGGAUAUGGAGCAGACAGUGAGCAGGUGCAUGUCCAAGCUCGUCCCGCAGCUCAUGGAGAAAAUGAGCAGCAGCAGCGCUGCCGGGCCGGCUGGCAGCAGCGGCCCCCGCGGCGACUCGGGCGUUUUCACUGCGCCGACGCCGCUGCGCAACGAGGUGGACCCCGCCCUCGUAGACGCCGUGGCGGAGAGGCUCAGCAAGAGGAAGUCUGGGGCACUACCUGCGGCGCAGGCCCCAGCGCUGAAGCGCACGAAAGGCUCAGACGUCCGCGUGCCCAAGAAGACGACUGACACGGUGCACCCGGUCAUCUUGCUGCACUGGCAGGCGAGUCUGGGCUGCGCCAGGCUGCCCAAGGCGAGCACCACGGACUCCGUCGUGGCAGCGGUCCUCCCGGACGGCGCGGCCGUCGCCAGGGCCGCUGAGAGCUUGAAGGCUAACGCGGCCCACCCGCUGGUGAAGCAGCUGGGCAAGAAGCCGCAGAAGGAAAACAAGCUCAGGGUCGCACUCAUGCUCUGGGCCGAGGAUGCCGUCGAGGCGUGCGGCAACGACGAUGACGAGGACGCCGACAAUGACAGCGUCCUCGCGCUGCUCACGGGCGGUGCCUUGGGGACUGAUGCACGCCUGAACGCCUUCGACGUGGCUGUGGUCCUCGCGUUUGCCUACUGCACCCGCUGGCAGACUCCGUGGGCCGGGGCUGCCGGUUUGGCAACAGCGGCAACGAUGUACUUGUCUCCAUCGAUGCCAUUCUGGUUUCGCGCUCUGCUGUUCGGGCCGGGAGCUGAGAACCCGAGUCAGCACGCCAUGCAGUUUCAGCCGUACAUGCACAGUGCGCCUGGGCCACAGCCAGGCUUCGCGCAGCAGGCCCCUUGGGUACAGCAGGGGUACCCGGUGUAUGCGUGGCAGCAGAACCCGUACGCCACCAUGCAGUGGCAGCCGCCGGGCUAUGCUGCAGGCUUCCGAGAUGAUUUACACGGCCGCUAUCCGCGUCAGUGGCCGGGACAGUGGAAGUGGGAGUGA